AACGCAGUCUCCUCCAUGAUAAGAUUAACCAAAAACAACGGCUGAUUUUGUUUGGCGCCUGAUAUAUAUAUAACUAAGCAAUGUAUGAGCUCUCCCAAUUUGUGUUCGUUAGCCAGACAUAAUAAACCAAUAAAACACAAACAUGUUGACUUUUGAGGAAAUCGUUGAGAAGGCAAAGAACUUCACCAAGACUGUCAGCAAGGAGGACUUCUUGGAGUUCUACGGCUACUACAAGCAGGCCACAGUUGGUGACUGCAACAUCGAGGUGCCCACGGAUGCAGAAAAGAAGGCUCGCUACGAUGCCUGGAAGAGCAAGGCUGGACUUACCGCCGAGGAUGCCAAGAAGCACUACAUCGAGGUGUACAAGAAAUACGCCGCCAAAUACCAGUAGAAUGUGCAUUUAGAAAAGUUUGCGUGUCGAUUUUUGGGAACU